UCACAGUACGUCAUACUAGUAGCUAGUAGUAAAGGUAAUACUGCUUCACAGUUUUUGGCGAAACAUUAGAUUAAGGUAUUGUAAUUUUUGUUAAAUCUUAAAUAAAAAAAGAAAACUUGCUUUAUCAAAAUUGCGGGUUCUCAAUUUUGAUUUAGCACUUCAACUAUAACACAACCACUGCUCUAUUAAAAGAGCUAACAGUCCUUGCGAAAAGCACCAUCGUAGAGGACAUGAAGAAGCAUAUAUUUUUAUAGGUCUUGUAUGUCUUCUAACCCUUCUCGCUGUUUCAGGGGUUUAAUCGGUGACCGCACAUUGAGUUGUUCAGCCCUAAUGGGUCCAAGUUUUAGAAGUCGUGAAUAUUCUGACCCUACGCGCUGACGCUACGGAGACGUUCUACGUCCGAAGACGUUUAAACUGUAUCGCCCGCUCCAGAUAGUCGAGCCGCGACACCGGCAGUAUCGCGCGAGACCCCGGCUCGACCGGUCACGCCAUGCGGCGACCCCACGCGCGCUAAAACUCGCUACCGAUCCAAUAAAAUAGCUAGGUGGUCGCUGAGAAAUGUUACUAGUAUCCAUUACUUCCCCGUGCGAUUUCGUUUUGCCAAUGCAGUGUUAGAUACUAACCACAAGUGAACCCGAUCUCGGUAACAGUACGAAAGUAUCGGUGUUAGGAAACACCGCGGUUUAGAAGAAUACCUAGUGUGUGGACAUUCGAAAGUGUACGGUUACUGCUGACCCUACCGGACUGUUGAUACAGAUCAUGUGAACGGCCGCAAGCUGGCACGUUUGCGGUGGCGAGUAAACCGAGACACCGAAAGUAUCACAAUACUGCGACCACGUUACUAAAUAUGACUGCAUUCACAUGUCACAACCGAAAUCGAAAGCGCACAAGAGAUUGCAGUUAAUUUGAAAGUCUAAGGCCCCACGUUGGGCGCCCGAAAAAACCCUACAAAAGGGAAGAUUGUAUUGGAACUGCGUGCGGGUUAUGAGUGGUCGUGAGCAGUGACGGCGCCCGGGCGGCGGCCAUGGGCGCGGCGCGCGAUGCGCCCGCGCACGCUGCGGCUGCUCCUGGCGGCGCUGGCGCUGGCCACGUGCGCCGCGGCCCCCGCGCCGGAGCGCGCGCAGCGCUCGGCGAACCUCAGCCACAUCACCGGGACCUCGAGGAACAUACAGAUGUUCCUGAAGAAUCGAUAUCUGCAGCUGCUGCCGGAUGGCACCGUCAACGGCACCACAGACGUCAACAGUGUUCACACAAUACUACAACGCGCCACCUACAAGGUUGGCCUCCUGACGAUCCAGGGGGUCGCCACCUGCCUCUACCUCUGCAUGGAUGCCUGCGGGUACCAUUACGCACAUAAGGAUCUCUCGGACGACUGCAUGUUCGAGGAAAACAUAGAGGAGAAUAACUACAACACGUACUCGAGGAUACGAGGCGGGAAGAAGACCUACCUAGCGUUAGGGAACAACGGCAAGUCGAGGCGGACGCAGAUCGCGCUCAACCGGCCACUCGGCAACCUCUCGGUGUACGCGCUCACGCUCACCAGGCGGUGGGAGGGCCCAAAGCAGACCCAGUGCCCCGUCCGGCGGCACCGGGGCAAGCUCAAAAGACCCCCACCCUUCCGGACCGAGCAGCGAUGUCAAAUCAGAGUCCAAAAACAGUUGCAAAGACAAAAGCGGAAGCACAAAAAAGUGGUCCACCCCAAAAAGAAACACCGACAUCCGAAGACGCGGAGAAAACACGACGGCACGACGUCGACGACGACGACGGAGAGCUACGACGAGUCGACGAUGUCCACGAUGUCCACGACGACCGACAUGGAGUUUUUUCGGUCACAGACCGCGCAGUAGGCGGUCGUCCGAGCGUGAGCUCGCUCCUCGCGGUGGGGGCAGCCGUCGCGAUCGCACGCUAGCACGGUUCCACGCCCGCCUGGGGGUAGCGCCGACGACAACGCAACGCCAAAACCAAUGCGUCCUACAUCACAUAUUCUCAGGCAGAUCUCUGCUUCAGAUGUCACCCGAAUUUCAUUAUAGUCAGCCUACAGGACGAAUCCGGUUCCUUAAUGUGACAUGUUGUCGCAAAAAGGUGAAGCAUUCAUUAUAAACCGCUGAAUGAGCACUCAGUACUGAGCUAUUAUCUCGUUGGUUUUGGUGGUGCGUAUUCUAUGGUUUUUCACCCUAUCUGUAUCAUUCCUUCUCAGGCACGCACCUUCACUGCAGCGCAAAAACGAGAUUCAACGUCUCAUGUUAAAGAAUGCUCAUUAAUUGUCACUUUUGGACGUUUUUGUUGUGGUUGACGGUGCCGCUGCCUCUCCGUAAGAGAAUCUCUUCGGACAGCAAGUGAUUGGAGACGUGUAAGCUCUCUUAGAUAAAUUAUCCCGCUUUGGAAAUCUUUGAAUUAUACUAAAAUUUAAUACCAGUUACUCGUUGUUUAGGUAGCCGUUUUACGAUUCUUACUUUCUUUAGUGUAGUGUAACUUAAAUACUCAAUUAGGAGUCGUAUGAACGGCCAGGAUGUUGAACUUUAAUAAGAUGUUUACCAAAGCUACUGAAAUUAUCUAUCUCAAUUUAUAUUCCUAGUUCGCUUUAACACUUAGGUUUAUCGGCAAGAUUCCAAUUGUGUUAGUUACUGUUAUCGUGAAAUUAUUAAUAUAUCGUAAUUUAAUUUGACAAUGAGUUGAAACCUGUAUCGACGGAAUCGGGGCUUGGAACCGUGCUGAAGGGUUAGUGGCUUUCGCUGCUGGUGUUUAUUUGAUUAACACUAUGUUUAUAUACUGAUUAUUAGAUCUACCUACAUCUUAAUAGGAUAGUCGGAAACUAGCUAUUCCUAUUUAUUUAGCCACUUUGUGUAUAACUUUCGAAUAUAACAAAUCCAAGUAUCGGUCGCGGUAGUUUAUCAUGAUCUAGUGCCCUCUAAAUUACACCUUUUAAGAUCCCGCUAAGUAUUGAUCGGGUUCUAUAAACCUUAUAAGCUAAAUGGACGAUACCCGCUGUUCAUUCGUAAACGAUCACCAAUUUAAUCCAACAGCUGAGUGUGGCGAUACGACCUAAUGUAGUUUAUGAGAGUUGUAUCUAGGUGAGGUUAGGUUGAGUAUUUUCCAUCGGAAAAAUCAAAUUUGUCGCGCUACAUCUUCCCGGACUUUAAGAUUUCUAUUUAAUUAAGCCGAAGAGAUUGUUUAAUGGACAUCAUAGUGUCCGUUACAUACGAAAACACACUUAUCGUGGAUCUUAAACGCUCGUAAUCAGCCAGUUUACAAAGUGCUUUCGAAAACCGUAUUCAAAUUAAGCAAUUAUCAUUUUAAUUCCGAAUCGUCUAAGAACACGGCUUUUAACAGAAAUUUGUGGUAUUUUAACGCGGGUUUUUAAUAAAUUUGCAUGUUUGUAAAGAUAAACUUUGUUUAGCGUAGUGGCAAAAACGCCGCAUGUCAAUAUUUUAUUUCUAGUGGUUGACUUUUGAGUUAUUUAUUAAAAUGAUUCGAAACCCGAAUUGUUUAACUGUUUGUAUGUAAAUUUAAACGGGUCCUAUGAUACAGGACAGUUUUGACAAAAGGUCUCUGACUAUCCCAUUAGAUAGGUGUAGGUAUAGGUACAGUCAGCGUCAGUAGUAACGGAUGAAAAACGCACCAAAAGUAUCUGCCACCCUGAAAUAAAUACAUAAUAAUAAUUAAUAAAUAUAUGCUGAAUAGAUAUCCCUUUUUGUUAAAUUAUUAGAGAAUACUUAGUAGAUCGCUUAGAUGCGUAGUGUGAUCGACUACUUUAGAUGCUGACUGUGCAAUCGUAUUCGUUUAGACUAAAUAAACAUCACCAGCACGAGUUAGGUAUUUGUACUUAGAUGGGCGUGGUGACGUGUAAUUUCAUAAGAAAUUGACUGAAAUUUUGGACUGAGUAAAGUAGGUGUCGGUCUAGGCUAUGGUAGUGUAAAGGGACGUGCGAUCGGACGGCUUGCUUCUAAAGCUGGCUCCACAUAUGUCUCUGUACGAGGGAAUCCGUGUCUUUUUAAAUAAUGAUAAUAAAUGCGACGCAGAAAACAAAUCGACUAAUAAUAGCAAAUAAUGACACGUAUGUGGACACAGCCUAACAAUAAGUCGGAUCGGUUGAGGCGAGCGGGCUCGCGGCUUGCGAUUGUAAAAUACUUCGAGAUAAUACAUAUAAUUGUGGCCAGCGGAAGUGAAUUGACACCUCGUAAUGUUGGCCAAUAUGGGUGGAUAGACUAGUUUCUCUAGUCUCGUUAUGACCAUAGAGUAUGUAACCGUGCAGCAGAUUCCCUAGCAUAAUAUUUUUAUCGUACAUUUGUUUUAUGUCCGUGAUAAAAUAUAUGCGCUAAACUUUUUAUCACGCUCUCGUUCACGCUCGCCUCGACCAUCCAAGUAGUGAUAAACAUUAACAAAAAAUGUGACUAUUAGUAGUUAUAAAACUUGUAUCUAAUGUGUAAAUUAUUUAUUUUAUUUUUCAUAGAGAAAGUCGUAUUUUGUUAACGUUUUAGUUGAUGUUUUUUAUUCUCUCCCUUAGUUCCAACCGAUGUAGAUAUGUAGGAUUUCAUACGCUUGUACUUUAGUGAGCCAAUGUUACUUGUAUUAUAUUUGUCCGUUUGUGACAAUACGUGCUUUGUAUGGUGUGUGGACGCAAAUAUUGUGAUGAAAUGGAUUGUAACAGGUACGCGACUACAGACGUAUAACCGAAAGGAGUCGUAAGUCGGGCCAUUUUAGAAAUUGUGACUUCUGUUGUGAUAUUAAUAAAAAUACUCUGCAUUUGUUUUGUCUUACUCUCUUCAUAUCGUCUGCAAAUAAAAACUUAAGUUUCACCUCACCAUACACUUGUAUGGCGAUUUAGGAACACAAAACGCUUAUGCCUACAACCUCAGAUGACUUGUUUCGAUUAUACGUCUUUCUUUUCCCCCUUAGCGCAGUCCUUCACAAAGACUCCAUACUGAGUAUAUCGCAAUGCUAACUAACAGUCACUUUUCCGAAGAUAGAAACAAAUGCGAUAAACUCGGCAUGCUAGAUCUUCGUAAGAGUACCUACCACUGAACGUCGUCGACGAUUCAUUUGUUUGAUGAAAUUCAAAUGAUCCCCCGAAUACAUAUAAUGUACGUCAAUUUUUAACUCACUGCCUUUUUUAAUAUGAUACUUAGAUUUUGAUACAUUGGAGUAAAAAUGAGACCCAAAUAUAAAGUAAUUUAAUGAAAACGUUAGUAAGGUAAGGUAAAAACAAAGGCCCAAUAAUGACUCCAGUUUUUACUCCAAUGUAGAGUGGCCUCUUCAAACGUCACCGAUAAUCGCAUGCGAUUUGCUAUACAUUGCGGCAUUUGAUCGAUAAAUUGAAUUCUUUGCACCUGCAUAGGCGGAAAUUUAAAAAAAUCUCAUGCCCUUUGGUGUACCGUUUGUAGAAGCCUUAAAUAACGUCGGAUCUGUAAAUAUGAUAUACUGAGGGUAUUUGGAUGUUCGCGUUUUGAAACGAAACUACCGCAGAACCAAUUAUAUUUUUAAUUGUACAUAGUUAUGUUUAACUUAUAUCGCGAACGACGUUCACUUACAAGUUAUGUGAAUAUAUUUGCAAGCUUUACGUAUGUAUGUUCAAAAGAUAUUUUGAAAUUAUUUAUGUAUUGUAUAUUGUAUAAUAUUUUAAGCGACAGCGAAAACGACAUUAAAUCUGGAACUAUAAACUAAGCAUUUACUCUACAUUUAAAAAAAAACUACUAGUGUUGUGCACGUACCGAUUUCUUGUCUUUUUCGAGAAUAAAUUAUUCGAUUAUCGGGUUUCGAUUGACUUGUUGUUGUAUUAGUACCAAUCGAUCUUUACUUUAGUGUAGAAACAGUAUUUUGGUAUUGUAAAACGGCUCUGUUGGGUUGCAGUAUGUAGCUCCGUAGUCUUUGUAUGUAAAUUUCAUUGUAAGAAUUCAAUAUAGUGAUUACCUCCUUGGAUCACUGGGUUAUUUAUUUUCUUAUACAGGACGAAUAAUAAUGCUGGAUCUUGAAUUUAUAUUUUUAUAUAAAAAAUUACAUUACUUCUCAUAAUAAGAAAGAUAGAACAAAAUCAUGUUAUAGGUACUCUGGCAAACCCACUUUGACAGUAGAAAAAGGAGUGAAAUUCAAAUUUUCUAUAGGAGGACAACUCUUCGCGCCUACAUUUUUAAAUUUGCCGCGUUUUUCUACUGACGGAAAUGGCUUGCCAGACUAUAUUAUCAGACUACUUAAAUAUUUGUAUUAUUCUUCAGCCUGUAUAGUUUAUGUGCAGUUUAGAAAAAUGGUUGAUUAUUUACUGAAUUUAUAAACUGCGCUACGCACAUGUGCCAUAAAAUAGAUAUAGCCCGAAUGGGCCAUUCCUACCGAUCCAUAGACAAUAUGCAUUAACAAUAAAAAGGUUAAGCUCAGAGACAUCUAGCGAGGAACUAAGACAACUUUAAAUGCAUCACUAUUUAUUUAAAACAAUAUAAUAUGAAAUUAAAUAUAAGAACAAGAGGAGUCAAACAGUAUUACUUAAUUAAUUUCGAUAACUUUACAAUAAUUAUUAAUGAGAAUUCAUGUUUGCCAAGUGCAUUUAAAAAUCUUGCAAAUUGAAAUGUGUUAAUAAAAUAUACUUCGUAUAAAUUUCAAUGUUGGACAAUUAGAAUGUUGCGGUAGAAUUUUUAAACCUUUAUACGUAGUUCAACCAAAAGAUUGAUCGAAACUUUUAGACAAUAACUUUUUACAAUCACUUAUACCGACAAAUAAAUAAAAACGAUUCUAUAAAGA